AUGGCUUUCAAUCGCCCCCUACCCAUCUCUGGGGCGUGGAAGGAUCCUGAUGCCUACGUGGAGGCCCUCCUCUGCUUCUCCACUACCUCGGUGCUCUUUAUGAAUUUGUGCGGUGGUGUGCAUAUGGUCGACUUUCUGACCCGGGAGCCCGACCUCUAUACAACAAUUUUGCCAGAAGAUUGGAUAUCCUUCUUCGAACAGCAUGAUAUUCAAGACACCAUCCGUCUACUCCUACGAGAGGACAUUGACCACUUACGAGGCGCCGACGAGCCUUCUGUAGAUCAAAGCAGCCGUGCUUGGAAUGGAGGAGCAUUCCCUCCCCAGAGCCUCUUGGACUACAUUUUCAACAUCCGUCAACUGACACUUCAACGAGAAAUGUGCAUCUCGUCUUCGGAGAGGAUCGAAUUACCCAAGCAAGUUGCUAUGCACAUGAACCGAAAAAAAAACACUGUCAAUAAGCGCCGAGGUGAACCAGUCACUCAUAUUGUGGAUUUUGGGUCUGGACAGAACUAUCUUGGACGCACACUGGCCAGCUCGCCUUACUACAAGCAUAUCAUUGCAAUUGAGCGCAAGCAUCAGUACAUCAGCGGUGCUAAGAGCAUGGAUAUCCGAGCCAAGUUGGCAAAGAACCCGAAUGCUCAAUAUUCCCAUAAGGAAAAAAGUUCGUCCGAUGGCUGCAACGGAACUACGGAAGUGACUAUUUCUGAAACGACGGAUACCCCUCAACCAACGAUAGAAGGCUCGCAUGUCUCAGAUGUUCCUUUUUGCCAGAUGCUGGGCAAGAUUACCCUUCAAUCUGACGAGCUACUCGGAUCCCGUACCAAAAGCCCAUUACGAGAAAAGCUACCCACGCCAGAGCUCCGUACCCGCGGCACUCUCAGCUAUAUUGAGCAUGAAAUCCAAGAUGGCCACUUAGAGCCCCUUAUCGACCACAUCAUCCAUCCAUCCCCUCUCGGAGCUGCUGAUGGGGAAAGGAAAGAAGAGAGCGAUGCUCGAUUGAUGGUCGUUUCCCUUCACUCUUGCGGAAACCUUGUCCACCAUGGUCUACGAUCCCUGAUUGUAAAUCCUUCAAUUGUGGCUGUCGCUAUGAUCGGCUGUUGCUACAAUCUGUUGACGGAACGCCUCGGUCCAAAUACGCAUGAGCUUCCUAUUCUUCAAUCCCUCCACCCUCGGCUUGAAGAGACCGGGACAUCAUACGAUCCACAUGGCUUCCCUAUGUCUAAAUACUACGAGAAUUACCGAAGCCCCGGAGCAACGACAGGUGUGAAACUUAACAUCACAGCUCGUGCACUGGCCGUGCAAGCUCCAUACAAUUGGGGCUUCAAUGACAGUGAACAAUCCUUUACCCGUCACUUCUUCCGUGCUCUUCUCCAGCGUAUUCUCGUUGAUCGAAAUAUUCUUCCUAAGCUGCCUGUGCCGGAAGACGUCCUCUCCGACGGGACUUCCCCAGAGGCUAGCACCAACUCUAUUAUCAUAGGAUCAUUGCCUAAAGCCGCCUUUAAGUCUUUUACUGCAUAUAUUCGUGCUGCGACGAUCAAGAUGAGUCGAGACCCGGUAUAUGGUUCCCAGAUCCAGAAGCAUAUUGCUACUCUCACUGAUGAGGAGAUUCACUGCUAUGAGACUCAAUACCUCCACGCGAGGAAACGUAUGAGUGUUGUGUGGAGCUUAAUGGCGUUCAGUGCUCAACUCGUCGAGGCUAUCAUUGUUGUGGAUCGCUGGCAAUUCCUUCGUGAACAGGACUCGGUCAAAGACUGCUGGGUUCAACCAGUGUUUGACUAUAGUAAAAGUCCGCGUAAUUUGGCAGUCAUUGGACUAAGAAAGUGA